AUGGAGAAAAGUAGUAAAGAUAAUAAAGAUGGAAUUUUUAGGUACGCAGAAGGGUAUGACAAGUUUCUGAUGUUUUGUGGGACAUUAGGAAGCAUAGGAGAUGGGUUGCAGAUUCCAUUAAUGAUGUAUGUUCUUAGUGAUGUCAUUAACGAUUUUGGAAAUCCAAAUGCCAAACUCUCUAAUUCCAUUGUUGAUAAGUAUUCUCUCAGGUUGCUCUAUGUUGCAAUAUUGGUUGGAUUAUCGGCUUUCAUUGAAGGACUUUGUUGGGCUAGAACUGCAGAGCGACAAACUUCUAGAAUGCGAUUAGAGUACCUUAAAUCUGUCCUUAAACAAGAUGUUGGUUUUUUUGACACGCAAGAAGCCGGUUCCUCCACUACAUAUCAAGUUGUUUCAACUAUCACUGCUGAUUCCAACAUGAUCCAAAUCACCAUUGGUGAAAAGAUACCAAAUUGUCUUGCCUACUUGUCAUCCUUCUUCUUCUGCCACAUAUUCGCAUUCGUUCUCUCAUGGCGGAUUACACUUGCGGCUCUUCCAUUCACCGUCAUCUUCCUUGUUCCAGCUCUUGGAUUUGGCAAGCACAUGAUGGAUGUAGCAAUGUUAAUGGUUGCAUCAUAUGGCACUGCGGGUAGUAUUGCAGAACAAGCAAUUUCUUCCAUAAGAACUGUGUAUUCUUACGUUGGAGAGAGACAAACCAUCAAUAAAUUCAGCAAGGCACUUGAAACAAUUACUCAACUAGGAAUCAAGGUAGGUCUUGCUAGAGGACUUAUGCUCGGAAGCAUGGGAACUAUCUAUGUUAGUUGGGCGUUUCAGGCUUGGGUUGGAUCACUUCUUGUAAGCAAACAUGGCGAAAAGGGUGGCGAUGUUUUUGUAGCUGGAUUCAACGUGCUCAUGGGAGGAUUGAACAUUUUGACAACACUCCCAAAUCUUACCGCAAUAACGGAAUCACAAGGGGCUGCUACUCGAAUUAAUGAGAUGAUCAACAGAAAUCCAACCAUAGACUCUGAAGAUAAGAAAGGAAAGGCGUUAUCAUACGUCAGAGGGGAAAUCGAGUUAAAGGGCAUCUACUUUAGCUACCCAUCAAGGCCAGAUACCGCAAUCUUACAAGGUUUAAAUCUACGAGUACCAUCUGGUAAAACUGUCGGUCUAGUUGGAGGCAGUGGUUCAGGCAAAUCAACCAUUAUAUCAUUACUUCAACGGUUUUAUGAUCCAAUAGAGGGUGAAAUUUUCUUGGAUGGAUACAAGAUAAAGAAACUUCAUCUUAAAUGGUUAAGAUCCCAAAUAGGUUUGGUUAAUCAAGAACCAAUUCUCUUUGCAACAUCUAUUAGAGAAAACAUCUUGUUUGGAAAAGAAGGAGCUUCCAUGGAUGAUGUUGUGGUAGCGGCUAAGGGCGCAAAUGCACAUGAUUUCAUAGUUAAGUUGCCAGAUGGAUACGAAACCAAUGUUGGACAAUUUGGAUUUCAACUAUCGGGUGGGCAAAAGCAACGAAUUGCAAUCGCUCGAGCCCUAAUUAGAGACCCGAAAAUCUUGCUACUUGAUGAAGCAACAAGUGCACUCGAUGCACAAUCCGAAAGAGUCGUUCAAGAAGCCAUAGAUCAAGCUUCGGUUGGAAGAACAACAAUUGUAAUCGCACACCGACUCUCCACAAUUCGAAAAGCCAAUCUAAUUUACGUCCUUCGAUCCGGGAAAGUACUUGAAUCAGGUUCACACGAUGAGCUCAUGCAAAUGGGCAACGAAUACUUUGAAAUGGUGCAACUACAACAAUCGGCACCACAAAAUGAAUUAACCCCACGGUCUAGUGCUAGUAACCACACGAGCCGUUACCGAGCCAUGGUUGCACCAAGUCCAGCAAGUGCAAGAUCAAGUGCACCAGGGACACCAUCAUUGAACCCAUUUAGCCCGGCUUUCUCCGUGAGUGCACCCUACUCGGUCCAAUACGAUGCAUCUUAUGAAAGUUUAGACGAAGAUGGUUCGAACCAACCGGCUCACCCAGCCCCAUCUCAAAUCCGGUUACUUAAAAUGAAUACACCCGAAUGGGGUAAAGCUUUAUGGGGUUGUAUAGGGGCUAUAGCUUCGGGUGCGGUUCAACCGAUUAAUGCUUAUUGUGUAGGUGGGUUGAUUAACGUUUAUUUUCGGCCAGAUAAAUCAUCGAUUGUGGGACACGCGCGGGUCUACUCGUUCGUGUUCUUAGGGCUUGGGGUUUUUAACUUUUUCUCGAGUGUAAUCCAACAUUAUAGCUUUGCAGUCAUGGGAGAGAAGUUGACCACAAGGGUACGUGAGAAACUACUUGAAAAGCUUUUGACUUUUGAGAUUGGAUGGUAUGAUCAAGAUGAAAACACAAGUGCAGCGAUUUGUGCACGUUUAUCAACCGAAGCUAAUAUGGUCCGUUCACUAGUUGGAGACCGGUUAUCUUUACUAACUCAAGCUUUUUUCGGCGCCAUUUUUGCUUACACUUUGGGAAUUGUACUCUCAUGGCGGCUGGCUCUUGUUUUGAUGGCGGCUCAGCCAUUUCUCAUUGGAAGCUUCUACGCUAGGAGUGUUUUAAUGAAGAGUUUAUCUGAGAAGUCUCAAAAAGCUCAAAAAGAAGGAAGUCAAUUAGCAAGUGAAGCUGUUAUAAACCAUCGAACGAUUACAGCGUUUUCAUCUCAAAAGCGGAUAAUCGGACUGUUUAAGGAUACUUUAGAAGGUCCCCGGAAGGAAAGUGUCCGGCAGUCUUAUUUCUCCGGGAUUGGUCUCUUUAGCUCACAGUUUCUUGCAGCGGCUUCAACUGCAUUGGCAUAUUGGUAUGGAGGUAGGCUGUUGACACAAGGGUUGAUAGAACCAGCGAAGCUUUUUCAAGCGUUUUUGGUAUUACUGUUCACAGCUUACACCAUAGCAGACGCUGGAAGCAUGACGAAAGAUAUCUCAAGAGGAAGCAAUGCAGUUGGUUCAGUGUUUGCGAUUCUUGAUAAGACAACUGAAAUCGAUCCAGAUACUUCAUGGGGACGUGAGUCUAUUAAAGGGAACAUAAGGGGUCGUGUAGAGUUGAAAAACGUCUUUUUUGCUUACCCAUCUAGACCAGAUCAGAUGGUGUUCAAAGGAAUAAACCUUAAAAUCAGGCAAGGAACUUCAAUGGCGCUUGUGGGUCCGAGUGGGUCUGGUAAAUCGACUGUUAUUGGGUUGAUCGAAAGGUUUUAUGAUCCGUUGAAAGGUGCUGUUUUUAUCGAUGAACGAGAUAUAAAAGAUUAUAACUUGAGAGCUUUGAGGUUGCAUAUCGCGCUAGUGAGUCAAGAACCAACGUUGUUCGCAGGAACAAUCCAUGAAAACAUUGCUUAUGGGAAACCAGGUGCUAAAGAAUCUGAGAUCAGAAAGGCUGCGAUGCUUGCAAAUGCCCAUGAGUUCAUAAGUGGAAUGAAAGAUGGUUAUGAGACAUACUGUGGAGAAAGGGGAGUGCAGUUAUCCGGUGGUCAGAAACAGAGAAUAGCGUUGGCUCGUGCGAUGCUCAAGAACCCUAGUAUUCUUCUGUUGGACGAGGCGACGAGUGCUCUUGAUACUGUUUCAGAGAGUUUGGUUCAAGAAGCGUUGGAGAAGAUGAUGAAAGGGAGGACGUGUAUUGUGGUGGCUCAUCGUCUUUCUACCAUACAGAAGUCCGAUUCGAUUGCGGUGAUUCAAGAUGGGAAAGUGGCGGAGCAAGGGUCGCAUUCUGAUCUGUUGUCUGUACGCGGCGGAGCGUAUUCUAACCUUGUCAAAAUGCAAGGUGGUAACUCGCCUUACCGGUGA